AUGUCAAAGAAAUUAGGCAAUAAUUCGAAGAAGAUCGCGUUUGUCCAUCCAGAUCUUGGAAUUGGGGGAGCUGAAAGAUUAGUCGUUGAUGCAGCAGUAGGUUUACAAGAACUUGAAAAUGAAGUCACAAUUUACACGUCUCAUUGCGAUAAGAAGCAUUGCUUCGAAGAAGUUAGUUCCAACUUAUUAGACGUAGAGGUCUAUGGAGACUUCUUUCCAACUAAUGUUUUGAAGAGGUUCCACAUUCUAUUUGCUAUUAUCAGACAAUUUUAUUUGGUGCUAGCAUUAAUAUUUACUGGUAAAAUAAAACAAUACGACUAUUUCAUAGUUGAUCAACUAUCCUUUUGUAUUCCAUUAUUAUGCUGUUUCAGUAGACCUGAAUGCAAAAUUUUAUUCUACUGUCAUUUCCCAGAUCAGCUAUUAGCAUUAAAAGGCGGAUUUCUUAAGAGGUUCUACAGGAUGCCUUUUGAUCUCAUUGAGGAAUGGACUACGGGAAUAAGCGAUCAAAUAGUGGUUAAUUCCAAAUUUACCAAAGGUAUUUUCCACAAAACAUUUAAGGGGUUAAAAAAUAUUGAGCCGGGAGUUAUUUAUCCAUGUGUUGACCUUAAUUCAGCGACUGAUACUGAAGAGGACAAGUUGAUGGAUGAAGAGGUGAAUGAAUUCUUUAAGGGCGGUAAGUUUUUCCUUUCAGUUAAUCGAUUUGAACGAAAGAAGAAUAUUGGUUUAGCUAUUCAAUCAUUUGCUAAGUUUAAGGCACAAUUACCCAAAAAUGUUUCGGAAGAUAAUAGAAUAAAACCACGAUUGGUGGUCGCAGGCGGAUUUGAUCCAAGGGUACUUGAAAAUGUGGAAUACUUGCAAGAGUUGAAUGGAUUAUCUGAACUGUUGAACUUGAAAUGUUUCACUAUUCGUGGCAAAUUGCUUAUAAUACCACCUGCUACUGACAUAUUAUUCUUACCAUCAAUUAAGUCAUCAUUGAAGAAAUCUUUAAUUAAAAAUGCUGAAUUAUUAUUAUAUACGCCUUCUUUUGAACAUUUUGGAAUUGUUCCUGUUGAAAGUAUGCUAUUCAAAACUCCCGUGUUAUCGGCUAAUAAUGGUGGUCCAUUAGAGUCGAUUGUUCAUUUUACUUCUGAUAAUAUAGCAACAGCAACUGGCUACUCUCAAGAACCUAAUGAUGAAUUGUGGUCAAAAACAAUGCACACAUUUUACACUGAAUUGGACGAAGCAACAAAGUUGAAAUUGGGGGAAAAUGGGUUGACCAGAGUUCAUGAAUUAUUUCUGAGACACCAGAUGAGUGAAGCGUUUAUGCAAAAUUUGAUUCAAAGUAAUUCAAAGGAUGAAGAGAAGGGAAUUUUAUAUGGUAUCUUAAAAAUGUGGAGAAUUGAAUUGUUAUUUGUUCUUAUUAGUUAUUAUUUGGUGAGAUUAUAUAAAUAG